UCUAAAAUGAGUCUCUCUGGGGAGAGAGAGGAGAGGACCACUGCCUCUAAAAUGACUCAAGACACCAGUUCUAAGAGUGUCCAGAAGCCCAGAGCAGAGUCACCUGCCCCCAGCCUGCUAUCAAUGAAGAGUGAUCAGCCACCUGCUUUCAGCCAGGAACCAUUACCAGAUGACAAUAAGGAAGUGGAGAGUUUGGACAGUGAGGAUGCAUUAAAGAUCACACACAACCUUCUGGACAGAAGAAGUCAAACUCUUCUGACAGUCCAACAAGACAUUAAGGCUAAACUGAAACACAAGUAUCAACACAUAUCUGAAGGAAUUGGACACCAUGGAAACCAAAGUCUGUUAAAGGACAUCUACACAGAGCUCUACAUCACAGAGGGUGGAAGUGGAGGGGUCAAUAAUGAACAUGAGGUGAGACAGAUAGAGAUGGCAUCCAAGAAACAAACCACACAAGAGACACCAAUCAAGUGCAACGACAUCUUCAAGCCUUUACCUGGACAAGACAAACCUAUCAGAACUGUGCUGACAAAAGGAAUCGCUGGCAUUGGAAAAACAGUCUCUGUGCAGAAGGUCAUCCUUGACUGGGCAGAGGGAAAAGCAAAUCAGGACGUUCAUUUCAUGUUACCUCUUCCUUUCCGUGAUCUGAACCUGAAAAAGGACCAAUACAGUCUGAUGCAACUUCUUUCCCACUACUUCUCAGAGCUGAAAGAGAUUGACAGCAUUGAAGAUGGGGAAACCAAAACUGUUUUCAUUUUUGAUGGUCUGGAUGAGUGUCGACUUCCUCUAGACUUCAAAAACAAUGAGAGGUGCUGUGAUGUCACGAAGCCAACCUCAGUGGACGUGCUGCUGACAAACCUCAUCAAGGGGAAUCUGCUUCCCUCUGCUCUCCCUCUGGAUAACCUCACGGAGCCUCACAUCAUGUGCCACAUGCCAGUCUUCUGUUGGAUAUCAGCCACUGUCCUUGAGAUGAUGCUGAAAGAGGCAGAGAAGGAUGAAGUCCCCAAAACUCUGACCCAGAUGUUCACACACUUCACGCUCAUCCAAAUCAUUGUGAAGAACAAGAAGUACAACAAAGCCACAGAGACAAACCCAAAGGAACUGUCUCAGUCAGACAAAGAGAUGAUCCUGAAACUGGCAAAGCUGGCUUUCCAACAGCUGCAGAAGGGCAACCUGAUCUUCUAUGAGGAGGACCUGAGAGAGUGUGGCCUUGAUGUCACAGAGGCAUCAGAGUACUCAGCAUUGUGUACAGAGAUCUUUAAAGAAGAAUCUGGGCUGAACCAAGAGAAGGUCUACAGCUUUGUGCAUCUGAGCAUUCAGGAGUUUCUAGCAGCAGUGCAUGCUUUAGAAUCAUGUCUGGACAAGAAGGAAAAUGUUUUCCCCCCCAAAGCAGUCACUAGUGAUAGUGAUGAUGAUUCCUCUGACGAUGACUAUGAUGAAGAAGCCACUCCAACCCUACUCCAAAAUGUCAUCACACAACAGGACAGAGACAUGAAGUCAGACCCGUUGUAUGACUUACACAGGAGAGCAGUGCACCAGGCCUUGAAGAGUGAGAAUGGACACCUGGACCUGUUCCUCCGCUUCCUUCUGGGCCUCUCACUGGAGUCCAAUCAGAAUCUGUUACGAGGCCUUCUGACACAGACAGGAAGUACAACACAGAGCAAUGAGGAAACAGUUGAGAGAACAGUCAGGUACCUUUUAGACAAGAUAGAGGAGGAACGUUCACCAGAAAGGAUCAUCAACUUGUUCCACUGUCUGAAUGAACUUGGUGCCAACUCUCUAGUUGAAGACAUGCAAACCUCCCUGCGAUCAGGAACUCUUUCAGAAACAGAGCUAGAACCUCAACAAUGUUCAGCCCUGGCCUACCUGUUACUGAUGUCAGAGGAGGUGCUGGAGGAGUUUGACCUGAAGACAUACAACACAUCAGAGACAGGUUAUCAGAGGUUGCUGCCGACACUAGUUCUAGGUCAGUGUGGUCUGACAGAGGGUUGCUGUUCAGAUCUGGCCUCAGUCCUGAGUUCACCCAACUCACAACUGAAACAACUGGAGCUGAGAGACAAUGACCUGCAGGACUCAGGAGUUACACUGCUGUCUGCUGGACUGGAGGAUCCAGACUGUAAACUACACACACUGGGGCUGUCUGGCUGUCUGGUCACAGAGGAGGGCUGUGCUGCUCUGUCUUCAGCUCUGACGUCAAACCCCUCCCACCUGAAAGAGCUGGACCUGAGCUACAAUCACCCAGGAGACUCUGCAGGGGGACUGCUUUCAGCUGCUCUGGUGGAUCCCACAGAUAAACUGAUGAAGCUGAAUGUGGAUCAUGGUGGAGAGUUCAGGGUGAAACCAGGGCUGAGGAAAUAUGCCUGUCAUCUCACCCUGGACCCAAAUACAGCAAACCCAAACCUGAUACUGUCUGAGGGGAACAGGAAGGUGACACGGGUGGAGGAGAAGCAGCAUUAUGAAGACCAUCCAGACAGAUUUGACCAUAUUCCCCAAGUUCUCUGCAGAGAAGGCUUAUCUGGAUCUCGUUAUUACUGGGAGGUGGAGAGGGAUGGUGACCUGGCUUACAUUGGUGUGGCGUACAAAGGAAUGCAGAGGAAGGGAAAGGAGAAGGACAGUUGGAUUGGAUACAGUAGGAAGUCCUGGUGUUUAUUAUGCUAUGAAAGUGGAUAUGACUUUUACCAUGCUGCAGUCAGCAGAUCCAUCCCUGGUCCUGUUUCUAACAGAGUUGGAGUGUAUCUGGACUGGCCAGCUGGUACUUUGUCCUUCUAUAGUGUGUCCUCCUCUGGUACACUGACACACCUUUACACAGAACACACCACAUUCACUGAACCCCUCUAUCCUGGGUUUAGGGUUUACUACUCAGUGACCCUGUGUCAGAUAGAUGACCAACACAUUCAAAGCAGAGACCAUGGUGGAGAGUGUUGUAUCAAGCCUGGACCUGAGAAAUGGAUUCCUCAGAGCUGUAAGACUUGUGACCAUGUUGAGGACUCCACACACUGGCUUCAGAUUGAACCGUUGACUUCCACUGUCCAGGAAGUGACAAUGUUCAGGCACAGGACACCCAAAGGGCGUUAUGAGUGCACAGUGUCUGGGCUCCGCUGGGUGUGUGAGAGAGAUGUCAUUCUGAAGUAUCACUUCAGGAACUGGGAACCCUACAGUCAACUUCUGAAAGACAUGCAGUACGGACAAGGUGGUCCAUUGCUGGACAUCACUAUGGAGUUAGGUGAACUGGAGGAAGUUCAUCUGCCACACUUUGUCUGUUUAGGGACCAACCCUUCCCUGAGGAAUGAGAUGAAGAUUCUUCAUGUAGAGGAACAUGGAGUGUCUGUUGAGGAAGUGCAUGAGGUCACCAGAUUCCAUGCUAAGAUUCUCCAUCCCAAGUUCUCAGUUAUCUCUGUUAUACUGAGCUAUAUCUUUUUUUGGAACGUAGAUGUCCACUGUGACAUGGUCCUCUAUAUGGCAGUAAAAAAGGCAACAGUAAUUUCACGGCUGUACAUGCUCCUCAGAAACUCCAGUCAGAAAGAGGCUGUUCGGGACCGGGAGAAAUAUCAGGUGUCCCAAGGAUAUUCAGAAUUGGUCCUGUCAAGUCCAAACGGGUCCUUAAAGCUGAACAGUUGGUUUGCAGUCAAGAAUCCCCAUUCCUCCUCCAUCAAUCCAGAGAAGAUUCAGCUGUUACCUGCAGACACCACACCAAGCUGUUGUAAGAUGGUUAUGAGAAACACAGGGGUUGACAUUGAGAUGGAGUUAAUCGGGGAUGAUGAGAGGACAGUAUGGAGAGAUAUGGUACCAACAGAUGAAUACAUCCCUGAAACCCAUUCAACUAGUGCUGUGUUGGGGGCAGGGCGUCCGGCUGAGAGCAGUCUGACUGGUUCUACAGCGCAGCAACUGGGUUCUGUACGGAAAGAGUUUGUGAGACGAGUGUCAGGACCUGACCUGGAAGGUCUGCUGGACGGACUCCUGCAACACACAGUCAUCAACCAGGAGGAAAUGGAGUCAGUAAAGGUGAUAGCUGAGAGGGCAGAGAAGGCACGUAAAAUCAUCGACAUGGUGUUGAGAAAAGGAACUGAGUCAUGUUCCAGGAUGAUCAACCUUCUUGGGGAGCUGGACCCCUGUCUUUGGUCACAGCUUCAGAUCUAAAGUUGUAGCCAACCCCUGGGUGUGGGGAGACCAGGCAGAAUAGACAGGCAGGGUGGUUCAACAUGGUCUUGUUGUCUGUUGCUUUAAUUCAGGCUCCUAAAAAUGUACAGAAAAUGUCAAUCAAACAUGACCACUAUAAUAGCAAUAAACUAACCAAAGGUCCAGCCACACAGCCUCUCUCCUUCUGCAGCCUCCUGGAGGUGUGGAUCUUCUAGCAGGAGGGUCAGUUAGUCCUCCACUAGGUACCUAGCUGGACCCCUAUCUAGCAGGAGGGUCAGUUAGUC